AUGGAUCCUGAAGAAGGUUGUAAGAAUGAUCGUAAAGAUUAUGAAGUAUCAAAUCGUGAGGGGAGCUGCAUUUCCGAACUUCCUAAAUUCAUUAUCAGCAAGAAAACGGUUAUCAACAUAAAAAAUGAAGACAUUAUGUGCUUCAAGUACGCGGUCACACGUGCGCUACAUCCGGUGAAGAAAAAAGCGAACGUUGUUAGCAAACGUCUUAGAAAACAGACCGAGAAGUACAACUGGCAAGGAUUGACAUUCCCCGUCGCUGUAAAGGAUGUGAAGACGUUCUCAAAGAAUAAUAACAUUGGGGUCAAUGUUUUUGUCAUCGAGGAGGUUAUGGAAACGGAUCCGGAUGGUGACCGUCUGAUUGCGGCAAAGUAUGUCCAGUUGCUAACGAAACCGACUGAGGAGUAUGAAAAGGUUAUCAACCUCUUCUGGCACGACAACUACUUUAGUGUUGUGAAGUGUUUAAGCCGCCUCCUUUCCGGUCUGGUGAGCGGUGGAAAGGAAGCAAAACACUUUUGUCCGUACUGCUUGAAUCACUUCGGGACAAAACAGCUCAUGGUUAACCACAUUAAGGACUGCCGUGUUAGGGGUCGACAGCGAACAAUAUUUCCAAGUGCAAAAGGUGAGAUACCAACAAUAAAGUUCAAGAGCCACAAACACCCCACAGACGUACCGUUUUCAAUCCAGGCCGACAUUGAGUGCAUGAUUAUGGACAUUCCGGACGCACACACUGGGAAAAACAGGGACGUUGGACAAGGGAUGAAAAGAGGUUCAGGAAAGUUUAUGUGCCAUAUAUGGCCGGAUUCGCCAUUACAUCGAACAUGGAGAUUGAGGGCUUUGAACCCACUAUGGUGA